AUGUCUACCGAGACAGCUUUUCCCUACCAGGAGCCCACCAUUUCGACUAUCCUCAACCAGGCAGGCCUUCUUCUGGCACUGAAUAUUGUCAAUGCCUGUCUGGACAAGCUCUUGUAUUGUGGACUGAUUGGCCAGCUGUUCAUCGGUAUUCUUUGGGGCACUCCUGGAGCUAAAUGGAUCGGUGGCGAAAUGGAGAAGGUUAUCCAGCAGCUGGGAUACCUUGGACUAAUUAUGCUGGUUUAUGAAGCGGUUGCACUGACUGGAAUUUUGACGCCAAUUGCGUUGUCAUUCAUCCUGAAGGAGCUGGUGGCAGCAACUUCUCUCCAGGCCUUUGCUGCUGGUGCUGCUCUCAGUGCAACCAGUCUUGGAACUACAUUUACCGUUCUGUCCACCACUCAGUUGAUAGCUACAAGACUCGGCACAGUGACCACCUGUGCGGCGAUGCUUGACGAUGUGGUAGGUCUUGUUAUGGUGCAAGUCAUCUCAAAUCUCGGUGGAAAUGACGACGCUUCCAUCAGCGCUGUGACGAUCAUUCGGCCAGUCAUUGUGUCUAUCGGCUUUGCGGCCGGCAUCUUUCUGCUUUGUUCUUUCUGUCUGAAGCCAGUGAUAAGAAUUGGCCUUGCUAGUGGACAAAAAAUGCCAGAAUUUAUACGGACUACGCAAUUCGCCUUCUGUGUUCAUGCAAUUGUACUUUUUGGAAUGGUUGCUGGCGCUUCGUAUGCCGGCACGUCGAGUCUUUUUGCUGCUUAUCUAGGUGGAGUGAUCAUUUCUUGGUUUGAUGAGCUUGCUGCGGGGUCUAAAGACAGAGAUUUCAUUACAUCUCAGUCUGUCUCGACUCAACAUCAAGAGGCCGGGGCGCAUACGGGAAACCAACAAAGCGAAGAAAAUACCUCAUCAAACGCACUGCCUGCUACUCAAGAGAACACUACUCGUGACAGAAUACCGACAGGUGACAUGAUCUACGAAACAUACUACAGAGGACCGGUCAAUCGCAUUUUGAUACCUCUUUUCUUUGCAUCCAUUGGCUUUGCGAUUCCUAUCACGGAGAUGUUUCAUGGUAAUGUCGUAUGGCGCGGCAUUGUCUAUGCCCUUUUGAUGGCCCUCGGAAAGAUCGUCACUGGUAUAUGGCUCGUUCGCGUCUCAGCGAGCCCUGUGGCUGGAUUUAUGGCUGUAUUUAAGAAAGCAUUUUCUUAUGCUACUUCUUUCAUGCCAGUGAAGUUUUGCAAAGACUCUAAGCGAAAGAAGGGAAUUGAUACGUCCGAAAAGAAAAAGAAGGAAAGUCGAUCACACGAAGGUCCAACUCGGUCUAACAAUGACACCACCAGCGCAAGCCAGCCAUCUCUAAGAGCAAGGCCGGAUGAUGUGGUAGCCCAAACCGAGCCCAGCUCACUCCUUCCCAAGCCAAAAUCCUUAUAUCCGCCUUCUAUCCUUGGGCUUGCAAUGAUAGCACGAGGGGAAGUAGGCUAUUUGAUUGCUUCACUUGCGCAGAGUCAGGGCAUAUUUGAUAAUGAUUCUAAUGGCUCUUCUAGUGGAUCGGGAUCCUCCGACAUCUACUUGGUGAUCAUUUGGGCGAUUUCAAUUUGCACAUUGAUUGGCCCUAUUGCUGUUGGCUUUCUUGUUAGGCGAGUCAAAAGGCUGCAAGAGGCUAGAGGUGAUACUGGCACCGGAGAUCCUUUGGGUGUUUGGGGGAUCUGA